GUCUAGAAAAGUGAAAAAUAACUGUUUAUCAGUGAAGUUAUCUCCAAAUUCAACGGAAAAUGGAACAGGUUCAAUGCAAAGCACAUGGAGAAACAUGCUUUCUUAAAACUGGUGUAAGUGAAGGACCAAGAAAAGGAAAGAGUUUUUACAUCUGUGGAUCUACAGCUGAACAAAAGUGCAAUUUUGUGCAGGAAACAAGUCUGCCGCCAUCAUUCUGCCUCAAACAUUCUGAUGUACCAGUAGAACUACAAGGGUUUGGAUCUAAAGCUAAUGGGGAGCUCAGGCAGUAUUAUCGAUGCACAACAUCAAAGCAAGAAGGCAAAGGAUGGUGUGGCUAUGUAGUGGUGCAUCGAGCUGAUCGUAGGCCACUUCGUGACGUGAAUGGGAUCUCUUCCCUCUCAUCUCAUGGUCACAAGCAUCGUAGUGAGAGCAAUGUUGUAGAGAAACCAAACACAUCAGUGAAGUCCACCAGACAGCCAUUGGGGAAACAUGACACAGGGACAAGCCAGCACAGCAACACUGAGGUGAAAGCUGGCAAGCAUCGAAGUGAACAGGGAAAUGUGGAGGAUAUCACCAAGCAAAUGCAUGCUUCGAAAAUUGGUAGCAAAGAGAGCAAAGAGUAUGAUUCCAGAAGGCAUCCAUCAUCUAAAGAUGGAAUGGAUGGAGAAAGGAGAAGGGAGAAAAGUGGGGAUGCAGCCAGGAGACCAGAUUUGAAGAAAAGGGGCGAUGGACCGAGAAGGACCAGUUCAGACCCGGACCGAGAUGUUUUCUCAGGUGAUGGAAGAGACCGAAAACAGGGUUGGAUGGAGCAGAGGCAUGGUCGGGGAGACAGUGAUGCUUCUGAAAGGAGCUCAUCAAAGAAUGCUUCUCAGAGGAGUCGGAGUGAAGGGGAUGGUAAAGAGAGACACCAUGGUUCUGAAAUCAAUCCUGUAAAGAAAUCCUCCUCCUCUCAGAGAGACCAUAGGAGGUAUCCUGAGAAUCAGCCAACCCAUGGAGUGAAGUCCUCUUCGGAGAUGGUUGCCAAGGAGAAAGGUCAACAUCAGCAAGCAGCGCUAAAGGGUCAGGCAAAAGGCAGCGGUCAGCUGCACAAAGACAGUGAUGAUGACUGCAUCAUCAUUGACGACACACCCAAGGUUAGAUCCCAAGCAUCUACCUUCAAUGAUGUAAGAUCAAAGACUGGUACCACUACCUCAUCCACUCUCAAAUCCACUCUGGAAGCGAUUGCUACGGACAAGGUGCAACCAGAAAAGCAAUAUCAUCAAGCUGCACUAAAGGACAGGGCACAUGAUAGCCAACAAACAGGCAAAAAAGAUAAAUUGGCUGCAAGAUUUGACAAGGUGCGACAGAACGACAGUAUGAAUAUGUCGUGGAGGGACAGCAGUGCACCGAACGAUGAUAGUAGUGAUGACGAAGAGAGCAAAGACAGCAAUGAUGAUGAUGACUGCAGGAUCCUUGAAGACACACCUAAGGUCAGAUCCCAAGUGGUAACUCACACUGAGAAUAAGUCCAGUGCUGCUCCCACUGCAGCCAGGAGCAAGGAGGAAGAUCGCCAUUCCCCUGUGGAUCCUAGUCUUGGAUUAAGAGAAAGACUCAUGCGCAAAAUGAAAAUUGAUGUACCAGACAAUAAAUUCCAAGAUAGCGAUAGAGUGGCGCCUUCCAGUAAAACAAAAUCAAGCACUGCCACAAACAUCUCGUCCUCCAAUGUAUCAAAGCACCACCAACAAGCUUAUCAACAAGAAAAGACUGGUGCCCCUCUUCCAUCUUCACAUCAACCAGCAGUGAAUGUAGUACCACAGGUAUCUUCAGUGAGAAGUGAUUCAAACCAGUCUGGGACAGCAGCAGCAUACCCGAGGGCUUUGCUGGCACAGAGGCAGGCCUAUGAGAGACAGUUGCAGAGACAGAAGGAUCUCAUGCAGAGGGUACCUCUCUCUAGUCUCCCUGACGGAGGUCAAAGGUUAAAACAAGUCUGCGCUGAUUUGGAGACGGCCAUCGUUAAAUUGGACAAAGCAGCCAAGUCGUACAAGCCUCCGCAGCUUAGCCUGUCAGCCCAAGGAGUUGCCUCUGCUGCUCAUACCAGUGGUAGCCACAUACCCGUAGGUGGCAGCUUACAACAGACAUCUAUCAAGCAACAUUUUCAGCCACUUCAUCCCGCGAGCCAGGCAAUGGCACAGCAACGCUACCAGCAAGCACAAGCAAUGUAUCUUCCUUAUCAAUAUGCAGCUAAUCCUCAGAUGCAGCAGCUGUACGGUGGCCGUAUGACCUUUUCAAGACAAGAGCAAGUGAAUACUACCAUCAGAGAAACAAUUGAAAAGCUUCAUAAAGCUCUUGAAACUUGCCCAUCUGCUGAGACCGAGGCAGAUGACCCCAGCCACCUCCGAGUCACUCUCAUGCCUCAUCAGAAGUAUGCCCUCGCUUGGCUGUCAUGGAGAGAGGAACAUCAUCCAUGUGGAGGAAUUCUGGCUGAUGACAUGGGACUUGGUAAAACCCUGACCAUGAUCUCACUGGUACUCCUGAAGAAACAGGAGGCAAAGGCAGCAAGAAAAGCACAGAAAGGAACAGCGAAACCUAGUGAAAAGGAUGAGGACUUCAUACGAUCCACCUGCACCCUGGUGAUAUGCCCGGCAUCCCUCAUGCACCAGUGGGCCAAGGAGGUUGAACGUCGGUGCAAGCCUGGCCAGCUUCACAUCUAUCUGUACCAUGGACCGAAUCGGGAGAGGCGGCCAGAGGAACUAGCCAAGUAUGACAUGGUCUUCACAACCUAUAACCUGGUUAGCAGCGAUCUGAAAUCACUUCUGAAGGAUGACAAGGGAGUGGAACCAGUGAGGGAUGAUGAAGCAUCGACUGGUAGCAAAAAUCAACCAGCCCUCCUGCAUGUGUUCUGGGAUCGCAUCAUCUUGGACGAGGCCCAUAACAUCAAGAACCAUAAGAGCCAGACGGCCAUUGCUAUCUGUCGACUGAGGGCCCGGGCACGAUGGGCUGUAACGGGCACCCCGAUCCAGAACAACAUCUUGGAUAUGUUCUCACUUCUCAGAUUCUUGAGAUGUACACCCUUUGAUGAAUAUCAGGUGUGGAAGAGACAAGUAGAGAAUGCAGGACCAAAGGCCAAAUCAGAGAGACUUCAUACACUGGUCAAGGGUCUACUCUUACGGAGAACCAAGGAACAAAAGACUAGCAGUGGGAAUCCAAUCGUUUCUCUGCCUGAGAAGAAGUUACACAGUCACUCAAUAUCUCUUUUGAAUGAAGAGAGAAAGAUCUAUGAUCAGCUCUUUCAACAAUCCAGAUCCACUGUCAAGGCCUACAUCAACUGGCAUGAGGGGAAGGGGCAGGGCGGGGCAGCCCCCACUGUACCGGUACACCCUUCCAUGGCCCCCACUGGUGGUGGUGGUGGUAUAGCAGGGCAGGUGAUGGAGCAGGCGGCCGGAGCGGCUCCAGGAGGCAAGGUGUCCGCCUCAUACAUCCUGGUCAUCCUGCUACGCUUGAGACAAUGCUGUGGUCAUCUUAGUUUGCUCAAAGAGCUUCCAGACCAAGAGUCUUGUGAGACGGACGGUAUCGAGCUUGACCUGGUCAGUCAGAUGAAGGAGAUGGGUCUGGUUGAGAGUGACCAGGGGUCAGGUCAGGUCAAGCCCAAGACGACCUUGUAUGAACCCAGCUUCUCAAGUACAAAGAUCAAGUUUGUGAUUGAUCGACUAAAGGAGAUCCGUGCCGCGGGUCCUACGGACCGCCCCAUGAAGAGCGUCCUCGUCUCCCAAUGGACUGGAAUGCUGGAUGUGGUAGCUAGCCACCUCAAGAAGGCAGGCUUCGAGUAUUGGAGUAUCCGUGGUGAUAUCCCACCCAAGAAACGAGAUGAGGCACUGGAGGACUUUAAUAACAACCCCAGGGGUCGCCAGGUCAUGUUGGUAUCCCUACGGGCAGGUGGUGUUGGCCUGAACCUCAUCGGGGGUAACAACCUCUUCCUCCUUGAUAUGCACUGGAACCCAGCCUUAGAAGACCAAGCCUGUGAUAGGAUCUACAGGAUGGGGCAGACAAGGAGUGUUCACAUCCACAAGUUUGUCUGCUCUGACACGAUUGAGGAGAGAAUAUUACAGCUACAGAAAAAGAAAACACAGCUUGCCAAUGAUGUACUAACAGGGUCCAAGAGUAAGAAGGAGAAACUCAGUCUGGCAGAUCUGAAAUUCUUGUUCGGCGUCCAGUAGGUACAUGGAGCAGAGUGACCAUUCGCCCAGGUGACCUCUGACAUUGAUGACCCUUGACUUAGAUGACCCUUGACCAUGCAUGACUGUCGAUCUAGAUUAGAGCUAGUACCAAUGAAAAUUGAAAUUUAGGGGAAAUAUAAUGUGCAUAUGUGGUUAGCAUGAUAAUCAUCUGCAAGGUAAAGAUAAUUUGACCACAUUCCAUUGCCAGUCUGACACAAGAGAAAGGAGAGAGAAACUAUUUUAAUGACAUAGAAAUGGUUAAAAUUAUUCCUUGGACUAAAAAACAGAAAAUUAUGUAAAUUUCUUGAGUGGUUGAAUUAAUGAAAGUUUUAUGCUGGAAAACAAACAAAUCAUCACACAGAAUGUUGCAAAUAACAGUAUGGGUUCUCUUUAAAAAUUCAUACAUUUUCUGCUUUUGCAUUACAUACAUAUAUGAUGUAUGUUGUUAAAUUCUCUAUGAGAAUAUACAGAGGGUACUCUAUGCAAUAUUAGAAUGUGUCUCCUAUUUUAUAAUAUGAUAUGUCAAGUGCAUAACUUAUCAUGUCAGUUGCGUGCCUAAGAAAGAUUGGAUAUGUGAAAAUCAAGUCAUUUUUUGAGAUUUUAUUUGUAUAUGAGUGAGGCAGUUGUUGCUGUUUUCAUUGUAGCACUUACUGGUAAAGAUUAAAAAUGAUGUGUAUAUUAUCUGCUGAGAGUCAAAAGAACAUAAAAUCUAUGUAAAAGUAUGUACCGUUUAGGCUUUCAGCAGAUAUAAUCAUUAUAAUGAUGAAUUGUAUGAAUCUACUUUAUGUAAUAAUAAUAAUAAUAAUGAUAAUAAUAAUAUUUAGCCUUUAUAUAGCGCUUAAUAGAAAAAUCAAUAGAAUUAAUAUAGUUGGUGUAGUAGGGUAUUAAAAAAAGCUCAAAAUUUCCUGCAACCAAUAAUUUAGAUAGUCUUGUCACAUAAUUGCAUGAAAUCAAAAUCAAUCUUUACUGCCAAUGAGUUAAAGUUAAAUUACAUAUAUUUAUUCAUGUUGACAUUCUCAAAAAGGUAUUAAAGAGCUAUAUAACCUUGCUCUGUUGCAUUACUUUUUCAUAAACCAAUAAUUUCUCAGACUGCUGUAGUAAAGAUAAAAGCUCUGUGAUGUUUGGAUGAUCACCCUUUGAUAAUAUUGCUUACCUCUCAUAUGACACCAUCAUGCUGUCAAAUUAAGGAAUACAGUUCGGUAGUUAUUAAUGUCAUUAGGAAUCUAUAUUUUCUUUUGAGAAGUCUUUGAUGUUCCAAAACUGAAAGACUUGUUUCAGUCUUCUUCAAGAAAGACCUGUUGCCAUCUGAGAUUAAAGCAUUGGUUGUCUUUGAAUCUUUAUUGUCGACACUAAUUAAUAAUAAUAGUGGGUUCUUGCAUAGCGCCAAUUACUGACAGACUUAACACUUCUGGCACUCCACAAUUGUUACCCCAGCUUCAGCGUGGCUACCAUUAUGGUGCUCUAGCGUUUCAAGGUAUUACUUCCUGCCAGGUACCCAUAUACCUCACCUGGGUAGAGUAUGGUAAAUGUAGAAUGUCUUGCCAAAGGACAUUAGUGCCGCGGCAGGACUCGAACCGCAAACCACAUGGUCCACAGCUGGAAUGGUAAAUUGUACUGAAGACUAUACACUUUUGAAUCCAGAUAUACACAUACAUGGUAUGUACAUUGUAGUAUAGUGAAACCUGAUUUUGAGGCAAUCUGGAUAGACAGACCACCUUUCCAUAAAAGGCUGCAUUUUCAUUUCCCCUGAAUAAGUGUUCCAUCAAAAUCUGCAAGAAUUUUUUUUCAUUGUACAGAAAGACCACCUGCUUGUAAAGACCACAUUGUGUGUCUUCCUUGAUUGGUCGUUAUAUGCAGAUUUAACUAUAUUUAUAUACAUCAUUCAUAUAUUGUUGUUGAUUGAUUGGUUAAAAGUGUGUCACAUGAUCAAAAAUAAACACUAUUUUGCAAAAAGUACCAUUUACAGCUCCCUCAGCUAAAAUUACUAAUUAAGGCUUGCAAAAUUUAACACAGUACUCUAACUGUCACAGUGAGUGAAGUAUUAAAGUAAAUUGAACUUCGACGUUGAAUAUGAGAAUACAACAUUGACAUCCUAUGAGUGAUAGCUGCAAAAUUUAAGGCCUGCAAUGGCGGUCCUGUGAUUUGACCCUAUGUGCAGAGGAUCGAUGGUGCAGAGGACGUUUCGGGCAUUUAUAAUCAAGCAGAAUAACUUGUACAGCUACUGUGGUAGUGCAGCGCAGUUAAUUAGACUUCGGAUCAGUGUAGAUUACAUGCCGUGAGCACCGUGACACCGCAGUAGUAUAUACCGCAGGAGUUGCCCACUAGAGGCAUUUUAAAUCCUGUACGCUCGCUGAAUUUUCAACCCCCCAAAUGACAAGGCAACAGGAAUGGCUACAGCUGGUAAGUUUGAAUUCUUUGAAUUUUACAGCAAAAUCUUUUAACCAAUCAAUGAACAAUUGAUAGUACAUGUAUGUUAAUUGAUGUUAUAUAAAUUGAGAAACAGCCGGAAAAUGAUUUUUAUGCCAUGUAAUUGUGCAUGAUCAAUAAAAUUGAACUUGAACUUGAACUUGAACAAUGAAUAUAUGAAUGAAGUAUUUAAACAAAUAUAUGCUGCAAUGGUGCUAUUUUAGGUUCAUAUUUUUAACUAGAGCCUCUCAAGACAGUGUAUAUUUGUAUACCUACUAUAACUGAGUAAACUAUCAAUACACCAACCCAUAGGGAAUAUUGAGACCAAUGAAUUCGGUGGGAAAAAAGGGCUGUUAAAUAUGACUUGCCUGAUAUUGAAUAUGAUUUCAGGGCCCUCAGGGAGAACAGUAUGAAUACUGAUGAGACUACCCUGGGUAAACAAGACAUAUUAUUAUUAUUAUUAUGUAGUGAAUAUUGAAUGUAAGAAUGUUGUUCGUAUGGAUAUUUGUGCCUUUUUAUGAAGUUCUAGUCUUCACAUUAAAUCAUGAAUUCUUUUUUUUUAAAGCAAA